ACCAGCUUCCUUGGAUUUAAUAUUCAUCAGUUGCUAUCAUUCGACUUUUUCUUCACUAUUCUACACUCUCAGUUAGUAAGAUGACCUGCUUAGACUUGGAGUCAAGACCCCCAUCUCGUUUGCUUCUCUGAAAAAGACGGUGAAAGGGUCCUGCAGUCUGAAGAAGGAUAGUGCGUAGUGAUACCUGAAACAUUUACAAUGAGUAACAGCUUGUUGCAUACCCAUUAUUCAAGUGGUGGAAUCCCAUCUGAGAUUGCUGAGAAUAUAAAAGAUCUUUUUCCUGAGGAUGGUGAUUUGAGUUAUGAAGAAGUUCUUCUGCAACAGGAAACUGUUUACUUGUCAUUUCAAGCAAAUGGGAAAAACAGGAAUAUGAGCUCUGAAUAUGGUCAAACCAGUAGAGGACAUCAGGUAUCAGCACAAAAGGGUGAUUCUUCUCGAAGCUUUGAAUCACAAUUGGCUCUGGAUGAAGCUUUAGCUAGAUCAUUGCAGUUAGGGGAUGAUUUUGAGGAUUUCUGUAGAGAUGAGCUUAAUUCUACCGUGGCUGGCAACAGGGGAUCCCCUCCUAGAGAAUCACCUCCGGUCAGGUCUGGGAAUACGAACACAAGACAAGAUGAUAUUGAUCCAGAUAGUAUGACCUAUGAGGAACUACAGUCCUUGGGAGAAGCUGUUGGCCAGCAGAGCAGAGGGCUUUCACAAGACCUCAUAAGUCGAUUGCCAACUUUCAAAUACAAGACAGGAUUCUUCUCGAAGAAAAAGAAAAUGGGAGAGUGUGUUAUAUGUUAUGCUGCGUACAGAAGCGGAGAUAUGUUGACCACUUUACCUUGUGCACACAUGUUUCAUUCAGAAUGUAUAAAUCGCUGGCUUAAAGAAAGAAAGAACUGCCCCCUCUGUUAUGAAGAGGUGAAAGAUGAUUGACUUUGCAAAUGCAACAUCUCAUGGAAAGGAUAAAGCCUUGUUGCUCAAUUACCUGUUGGUGGUGUACUUGGAUCUUGCCUUCAAAUUCAGUUUUCAUACAUGUAGCGAGAAUCAGCCCCGUUCAAGACUUUUGGUAUUUGUUUGUAAAUAGCUUCUGGAUUGAUUCUCCACAUUUAACAAUCUGUGACAUAUCCUGCCUUCAUAUGCAUUAUGGCGUUUCUUCUUUAAUCAAAUAUGAAUUGCAAAAUUUA